AUGAACCGUCCAGCCCCUGUGGAGAUCUCCUAUGAGAACAUGCGUUUUCUGAUAACUCACAACCCUACCAAUGCUACCCUCAACAAGUUCACAGAGGAACUUAAGAAGUAUGGAGUGACAACAUUGGUUCGAGUUUGUGAUGCUACAUAUGAUAAAGCUCCAGUAGAAAAAGAAGGAAUCCACGUUCUAGAUUGGCCAUUUGAUGAUGGAGCACCACCUCCUAACCAGAUAGUAGAUGAUUGGCUAAACCUAUUAAAAACCAAAUUUCGUGAAGAACCUGGUUGCUGUGUUGCAGUGCAUUGUGUUGCAGGAUUGGGAAGGGCACCUGUGCUGGUUGCACUUGCUUUGAUUGAAUGUGGAAUGAAGUACGAAGAUGCAGUUCAGUUCAUAAGACAAAAAAGAAGGGGAGCGUUCAAUUCCAAACAGCUGCUUUACCUGGAGAAAUAUCGACCUAAGAUGCGAUUACGCUUCAGAGAUACCAAUGGGCAUUGCUGUGUUCAGUAGAAAGAAAUGUAAUCGAAGGCUGACUUGAUUGUGGCAUUUAGAGGGAACUCUUGGUACCUGGAAAUGUGAAUCUGGAAUCUUAACUGUGUCAUCAAAGUAGUGAUGGAUUCAGUACUCCUCAACCACUCUCCUAAUGAUUGGAAAAAAGCAAACAAAAAAGAAAAUCCCUCUAUAACAAUGAAUAAAAUGUUUAA